CGCAUCCGUCACACAAUUUAAAGACACUUCCGAGACUAUCAUGCAGUCCGUACUCGCCGCCGGCCGCGCCCUCGCGCGCCCCGCCGCCCGCCUCGGCUCCAGGAGCUUCGUCGCGCCCCGCGCCGCCUCUCUCAGGGCGCCCGUGACGAUUCCCCGUGCUCCCGCGCGCUGCUUUUCGGCCUCCGCCGAGCAGGUGGUCGAGAAGGGCGACAAGGUGUCCAUCCACUAUGUCGGCACCCUAGAUGACGGCGAGCAGUUCGACUCCUCCCGCGAGCGCGGCGAGCCCAUCUCCUUCACCGUAGGAGGUGGCAUGAUGAUCCCGGGCUUCGACAAGGGCGUCGUGGGACUCAAGGUGGGUGACAAGAAAGACCUCAAGCUCUCCCCGGAUGACGCGUACGGCGAGGUCAACCCCGCGAACGUCAUGAAGGUCCCCAAGCAAGAGGUCGUCGGCGCCGUCGGCGAGGAGUACACCGUCGUGGGCUCCAAGCUCAUGGUCGGCCAGGGCAUGACCGCGACCAUCUCCGAGGUCGGCGACGACGAGGUGACCCUCGACAUGAACCACCCCCUCGCGGGCAAGACGCUCAACUUCGACAUCGAGGUCAUGGACAUCGAACGCAUCGAGGUCAAGCACAGGGAUAAGUUCAAGUGCUUCUUCGACAUCGAGAUCGGCGGCGAGCCCGCUGGUAAGAUCGUCAUGGAGCUCCGCGGCGACGUCGUGCCCAAGACGUGCGAGAACUUCCGCGCGCUGUGCACCAUGGAGAAGGGUUUCGGCUACAAGGGGUCGCCCUUCCACCGCGUGAUCCCCGGGUUCAUGUGCCAGGGCGGCGACUUUACCAACCGCAACGGUACCGGAGGUAAGUCCAUCUUCGGCGCCAAGUUCGAGGACGAGAACUUCGUCCUGAAGCACGAGGGCGAGGGCAUCCUCUCCAUGGCCAACGCCGGCCCCGGCACCAACGGGUCGCAGUUCUUCCUCUGCACCGCGGAAACCGCCUGGCUCGACGGGAAGCACGUCGUCUUCGGCAAGGUCGUCGAGGGCAUGGACGUCGUGAAGGCGGUCGAGGAGGUCGGAUCCCAGAGCGGCAAGACAUCCAAGGAGGUUUUGGUAGUCGACUCUGGCGAGAUGUGA